AUGGAGUCGUCCAACUGGCGGAUUGCGGGGUCGCCAACGUCGACGAAGUGGAGCUCUAAAGGGCGCAACAGCUUGGAGCAGUCGGCGCAAGGCAGGCCCAAGGGCAUUAGUCUCACCCGCGCGGACGUGGAGGCCGCAUUCGCUUUCUUUGAUGUGCAAAAUAAAAAGGAACUGAAGCCACGCGAUCUGAAGGUGCGGCUCUCCGCCUUCUACCCAGAGAUGACGAAUAGGGAGUUCAAGUUUCUCCUCGAUGAGACCACCAACGGAAGAUUCACAGCGGAUUCGCUCUGGAGCAUCAUUGACAACUUUCAUGGAACAAACACAUCGGCGGCGGAGUGUUUGAAGUUUGACCCCGUCAAGGAGGCGUUUCGCAUUUACGACCCGCAGGGCCACGGUGUUGUGGACGUUAACGUGCUGGCGAAUAUUAUGCAACGCAUCGGGUUGGGCGAGCUCUCGCAAGAAGAGGUGGAGCUGCUGAUCCACACCGCAGAUUUUGAUAAGGACGGGAAGAUAAACCUCGAGGAUUUCCACAACCUUCUAAAAAUUGGCCGGUAG